GGUGUCGUCCGGUGCAAGUUUGAUGAGCAGAAGUUUGAAGCGAACGUGGCUGCAGAGCCGACCGAGUUGUCACUUUGACACCAGUACAGUACAGAGCACGGUCGUGGACGAAGGCAAGUCUCAGUCGGUCGAGAAGCAGAGGCAGAUCGGUGCAGCGAUUUCUUCUCCUUGUUUUGUGAAAUUGUGAGCUCGAUCGUCAUCAGCCUGAUCGGCUUGUCGGUUAUUUCAAUCCGGAAACAUGGAAAGGUUGCAAAGGAUUUUCUCGGGCGUUGGAGCAGGUGGUGGUGGCAUGGGCGGACCGCACCCUGACGCCCCUCUCGUCGAUUCUUCCGAGCAAGUUUACAUCUCAUCGUUGGCGUUGUUGAAGAUGCUUAAGCAUGGAAGGGCUGGAGUUCCUAUGGAGGUUAUGGGUUUAAUGCUUGGCGAGUUUGUUGACGAGUAUACGGUUCGAGUUGUAGAUGUGUUUGCCAUGCCUCAGAGUGGAACAGGAGUGAGUGUUGAGGCCGUGGACCCCGUUUUUCAAACGAAUAUGCUUGACAUGUUGAAGCAAACUGGCAGGCCAGAGAUGGUGGUGGGUUGGUACCAUUCUCAUCCAGGAUUCGGCUGCUGGCUUUCUGGUGUUGAUAUCAAUACCCAACAGAGUUUUGAAGCUCUGAACCAGAGAUCGGUUGCAGUCGUGGUUGAUCCUAUUCAAAGUGUUAAGGGAAAGGUCGUCAUCGAUGCUUUUCGGUUGAUCAACCCCCAAACAAUGAUGUUGGGCCAGGAACCACGACAGACGACUUCGAAUUUGGGUCACUUAAACAAGCCAUCGAUUCAGGCAUUGAUUCAUGGUUUGAAUCGCCAUUAUUACUCCAUUGGUAUUAACUAUCGCAAGAAUGAGCUGGAGGAGAAAAUGCUCUUAAAUCUACACAAAAAGAAGUGGACAGACGGCCUGACGUUGCAACGUUUCGACAAUCAUGCGAAGACUAACGAGGCUACUGUACAGGAAAUGUUGGAGCUUGCUGUAAAGUACAACAAAGCUGUUCAAGAGGAAGAUCAAUUGUCUCCAGAGAAGCUAGCUAUCGCCAAUGUAGGACGACAAGAUGCCAAGAAACAUCUAGAGGAACAUGUAUCAAACCUUAUGUCCUCGAACAUAGUGCAGACCCUUGGUACCAUGCUUGACACAGUCGUAUUUUAGGAUGUUAAAUAUAUGUUGCAGAAUUUUGAUCUAUUAUUCGAAAAGGUCGUUUUGUAUUCUGAAUUCUGCUUCAUCUGAACAUGAUGCAUGACGCCGAGAGGACUAUCCAGAUACCUAUGUAAUGUUUCAGUUAUUAUCCUCUUGGCUGUUCUAUUCUCUUCGUGCAGGAUCAUAUAUUUGGAAGAACAUCAGUCUUCGAUUGGAGUCGAUAUCGUGCAUGUUAGUCUUUGUGUGUCGAGUCUUGCGUAUCCUUACGUCGUUCUACAGGUUUGGGUCUAAGCCGUGUAUGAAAUUCACCAGCCUCACUGAAGCCCAAGGCAGCCUCAUUUGUGAGUCCUGCCUACUGGAGGUUUUGUUCUGGCGGAUGAGCUAGUAAAGG